GGUCCCGCGAGGGGCGUGUCUUCCCCUGGCCGGGUCCCCGAGCCCGGGCCGCCGAGCAGCGAAUGAACGCGCGCGCCGUCCAGGCGCAGGGGGCAGCAACUUGAGCUAGGACGGCCUGUGGUGUCAGUGCCAGUGGCUCGGAGCUUUCCAGGCCGACAUCCGAUCGCGCCGCGGCGGGAGGAACCCGAGUCCUGGGCCGAAGCUGCCCCAGGAAUGUUCACAGGCGGCGCAAACAUGGCUGCUGCCCUGCGAACUGCGGGCGUCCUGCUCCGCGAUCGGCUGGUGCGCGGCAGCUCAAGGGCCCGCCAGCCUUGGAGGGACCAGUCGCUUGGAGCCACGGCGGCGGCAGCCACGGAAACAGCCCAGAGUGCCAGAAGCCCAAAACCUCAAGUUCAGCCCGGGAAGAGGAAGCCAAAGACUGGGAUAUUGAUGCUGAACAUGGGGGGCCCUGAAACCCUGGGAGAUGUUCACGACUUCCUUCUGAGGCUCUUCCUGGACCGAGACCUCAUGACGCUUCCUAUUCAAAAUAAGCUGGCGCCAAUCAUCGCGAAACGCCGCACCCCCAAAAUUCAGGAGCAGUACCGCAGGAUUGGAGGCGGGUCCCCCAUCAAGAUGUGGACCUCCAAGCAAGGAGAAGGCAUGGUGAAGCUGCUGGAUGACCUGUCCCCCGACACAGCCCCUCACAAAUACUAUAUUGGAUUCCGGUACGUCCAUCCUUUAACAGAAGAAGCAAUUGAAGAGAUGGAGAGAGACGGGAUCGAAAGGGCUAUUGCCUUCACGCAGUACCCACAGUACAGCUGCUCCACCACAGGCAGCAGCUUAAAUGCCAUUUACAGAUACUACAGUGAGAUGGGAAGGAGGCCAGCGAUGAAGUGGAGCACCAUCGACAGGUGGCCCACACACCCCCUCCUCGUCCAGUGCUUUGCAGACCACAUUGUGAAGGAGCUGGACCACUUUCCGGUUGAGAAGAGGAGCGAGGUGGUCAUUCUUUUUUCUGCUCACUCACUGCCCAUGUCUGUGGUCAACAGGGGGGACCCGUAUCCUCAGGAGGUCGGCGCCACUGUGCAGAGAGUCAUGGAUAAGCUGGGCUACUCCAACCCCUACCGGCUGGUGUGGCAGUCCAAGGUCGGUCCGAUGCCCUGGCUGGGCCCUCAAACAGACGAGACCAUCAAAGGGCUUUGUGAGAGAGGGAGGAAGAACAUUCUCUUGGUCCCAAUAGCGUUUACCAGCGAUCACAUUGAAACGCUGUAUGAACUGGACAUCGAGUAUUCCCAAGUUCUGGCUAAAGAGUGCGGGGUUGAAAACAUCAGAAGAGCGGAGUCUCUUAAUGGAAAUCCAUUGUUCUCCAAGGCCCUGGCCGACUUGGUGCUCUCACACAUCCAGUCGAACGAGCUGUGCUCCAAGCAGUUGACUCUGAGUUGUCCGCUCUGUGUAAAUCCUGUCUGCAGGGAGACUAAAUCCUUCUUCACCAGCCAGCAGCUGUGACCCCAGCCAGAGGACCCCGUGGGAUUAGGCAAAUGCUCACCCCCCAGAUACCUCCAUUGUGGAGGCGAUGUAUUCAGAGAUCAAGGAAGAAAGUUACAUUGGUAUCUGUACAGCCUUUGGGCACCAAUUGUGUGAUUUCUUGAGGCACAGACUCUGAAAGCCUUAUUGGGGUCUUCUAUUUUUUUGGGGGGGGUUUCUAUUUUUAUAUACUAAUACAGAAAGCGUUUAUAUUCCCCCUCUAUCUGGGUAAAGUUACCAGUUUGGAAUGUCCACCAGGCUAUCUAAAAAAUAAGUUUUAAAAAUUUAUCUUAAUGGAUGCACACAUAUUUUAAAUACAGAUUUAAAUACAAGGGUCAUUCAUGGAGAGUCCUCUCUGCGGGCUGUCAGUGUGAAUAAGGUCCGUUUAGGUCUUGUGCCUCGAGUUGUCCUUGUUUUUUAAGUGAACAGACUUGAGUAAAGGAAAUAUAAUUUGAAAAGGAACCGUUACCUACUCUUUCUCU